AUGGAGAAGAUUUGUGUUCGAAAAUUACCCGGUUUUCUCAACAUCUUCCUCUUCAUGUUUGUCAAAUCUCUCACAAUCUCAAAAUCAGCAAAGAGUUACUCACACAUCCCCCGCCCCAAACCCCUCCCUCUCAUCGGCAACCUCCACCUCAUGCUCCGCGACUCCUCCGGCCCCCACCGCCUGUUCCGUUCCCUCGCCGCCACACACGGCCCCUUAAUGCGUCUCCAGCUCGGCGAGCUCCACUUCCUCAUCGUCUCGUCCACCGAAUUCGCAAAGGAAGUGAUGAGAACUCACGACACCAAUUUCGCGAACCGGCCUCAGAUGCUGGCGACGGAGGAGCUGGCCUACGACUCCACCGGCAUCACCACCUCCCCCCACGGCGACUACUGGCGCCACCUCCGGAAGAUCUGCACCGUCCGCGGCAUAAGAGAGGAGGAAAGCAUGAACAUGUGUCAAUGGAUUGCUUCGCGCCAAGGCUUGGCGGUUGAUCUGUCGGAGAGGCUUUACAUGUCGUCGUACGACGUCAUCGUGAGGGCGGCCGUGAAUAAGGCCAAAACCAAGCAGCGUGAGAUGAUGAUUUCUAUUAUCACGGAAUCGACAAAGUUAGGUACGGGAUUCAUGAUGGCGGAUCUCUAUCCAUCAGUCAAAUUGCUGCCGUUGAUCACCGGAGCCCGGUUCAGGAUCCGAUGGUUACGCCGUAAAUUGGAUGAGGUGCUCGAUGGCAUGAUCGAGCAGCAGAGAGCGGCCGCGGACGACGGCGAUGAUGAUGCCAAGUUUGAAGGUUUCUUGGAUAUUCUCCUCAGAUUUGAAAAAGAUGGGACUUUAACUAUGGACAAUGUCAAGGCAGUGCUACUGGAUAUGUUUUUUGCGGGAACUGACACGUCAACUACUACUAUAGAAUGGGCAAUGUCAGAACUGAUAAGAAACCCUAGCAAACUCAUCAAAGCUCAACAAGAGGUCAGAAAGGUUUUUGACAGCGAGGGAUCACAUAUAGACGAAGAAAAGUUCCAUGACCUGAAAUACCUCAAAUUAAUUAUCAAAGAAACUCUGAGAUUGCACCCACCGGCCCCACUUUUAUUCCCCAAAUUGAACUCCCAAAGAUGUGAAAUCAAUGGUUACGAAAUCCCAGCAGGAACCAGAGUGAUGGUGAAUGCAUGCCCUGAGUAUUGGAACGAUCCAGAGAUGUUUAUACCCGAGAGAUUCGAAGAAAGAUCCCUUGAUUUCAACGGGAGCAAUCUCGAAUACAUACCCUUUGGUGCAGGACGGAGAAUCUGCCCUGGCAUGUUGUUCGGGCUUGCCAAUGUUGAGCAUCCGCUUGCAAUGCUUCUCUAUCAUUUCGACUGGGAAAUGCCAAAUGGGAUGAAAGCAGAAGAAUUGGAUAUGACAGAGGGCUUCGGCGCCGGUGUUCAUCGGAAACACCCUUUGCGUUUGAUUCCCAUUGUUAAUCGACCUUUUGCAUGA